AUGUCUCUCUCAUACAUCAAAAAUGCCGGAAAGAUCCUAUGUAUCGGUCGUAACUAUGUUGCCCAUAUAAAGGAACUAAACAAUACAAAACCAUCCCAACCAUUCUAUUUCCUAAAACCGUCUUCAUCUAUUCUUGAGCCAAAUGCCGGACCAAUAUUGAUUCCUCGUGGGACAGUUGUUCAUCAUGAAGUGGAAUUGGCCGUUAUCUUGAACAAAACGUUGAAAAAUCUUGAUCCAAAUACUUUUACAAAUCAAGAUGCUUUAGACUCCAUUGAUGGUUAUGCAUUGGCUAUUGAUCUUACUGCUAGAAAUGUUCAAGAUGAAGCUAAGAAAAAAGGUUUACCUUGGUCUAUUGGUAAAGGUUUUGAUACAUUCUUACCUUUAUCCAAGUUCAUCCCAAAGGAAAAAUUGCCAGAUCCUUAUAAAGCUGAAUUACAUUUGGAGAUUAAUGGUGAGACAAAACAACAGGAUUUAACUUCAUUGAUGAUCUUCCCUAUCCAUAAGAUUCUCAGUACAAUGAGUAGUGUCAUGACUUUGGAAAAGGGUGACAUUAUUCUGACAGGGACUCCUAAAGGUGUUGGUAAAGUCUUGCCUGGUGAUCAUGUUACUGCUGGUUUGACCUAUGAAGGGGUCGAGAUUGCAGAAGGAAAGUUGGAUUUGGAAGUUGAACAAAAACCAGGGCCAUAUGAGUAUAAGGAAACAUGA